AUGACCUCGCUCGUAGUCAACGACAUCACCAUCGGCUUCUACCCGGACGAAGGUGAUGCUGGUGGUCGCAAAUCCUACCUCUCCGACCUCAACUCCGCCCUUGCCUCUUCUUCUUCGUCGUCCGGCAACACGCCUCCGUUCGCCAUCAAUGUAGUCGGAUGGUACGCUCAGACCUACCCCCAUGAGACCUUUGACGGCUUUCAGCUCAUGCCUCUCGUCGACGAUCUAAAGCGAGAAUUUGAUCGAUGCGAUCGCCGCGCCAAUUUGAUCUACGAAGCCUCGGUCAUGCCCUUCCAGAGCUGGCAGGGCUACACGCCGGACAACGAUGUCAAGGCUAAAGAGGUGGCUCAAGUCAUGCAGAACAUGCUCGACAGGAGCCGUGUCGGCGAGGACGCAAACGCAGAGUUCGCCAUCGCCGAGAUCAGGUUGAGGUUUGGACACGAGGUCAACUACUACAUCAAGUCGGGACUCUACCCUCCCCCUACCAACACCGCCGAUCCAGGCUGGGAUUACAGGGCCGCAUUCGACCAGGUCGCAAUCGCUUGUCGCGCUUUACCGCCCCAGUAUGCCUCGAGGAUCAAGAUGUUUUGGUGUCCUAACAUCGCCUCUACCUCUUCUGGCGCUGAUGCAGAGUACAAGACUUUCCUACCCACGCUCCACCACAUCGAUUACGUCGGCAUCGACUACUACUGCCCCGCUCCGGGAUGUCUCGAUCCAAGCGAUUUUGUGAGAAAGAUGAAAAAGGUUCAUGAUAGGUAUGCGUCCGCAGAGAGGCCGUUCAUUUUGGGCGAGACGGGUUUGCACUUUGACGUCGAACAGGGCGUCGACCUGCAGCAGGUCAGGCUCAGGUGGUUGGACGUGGUCACCGGAAGAGAGGCCAAGAAGGGUCUCAAGUGGAUGACCGGAGUUAGUUGGUUCAACUACGAAAAGGAUCGCGACUACCGAGUGGUUGAUCUGGAUACGGGUGAGAGAAAUGCGGCUAUCAUCGAGUGGCUGCAGCAAAGGGUGUCAGUGGCCAAGAGCAACGUCGAUGGUGGUGGAGCGAAGGCAAAGGUCAAGGGUUUCUGGAAGACACUGUUGGCCAAGUGA